UUCCACGAAUGUCACUGCAAGAGUUUUAUUUAGUUCGCUGAUUUUGCAAGCUAGCUGGCUAAGCUGUCACUUUAGCCGUUAGCCUGCUGGCCUAAUGGUCGGGUGUUAAUGCAACUUACUGCAAAUAGAAAAUACUGAAAUCGCUUUCGUCUGUAACAUCGAGCUUAUGAAAGAUGAUUUUCUUGGACAGAUUAACUGAAUCGACUGUCAAAACGUUCAGGUUACUGCAAGCUUAGCUAGCUAGCUUGUGAAGCCUUUAUAGAGCUAACCCAGUUCAGGGAGUUUGCUAAUUUAUUGCCUUGUAUUGCUUCUCAGAUUACCACAUCUCUUUCUUCUUAUUUAUAUUUUGCUCUAACUCGUAGUCUUUGGUUUUUAGAAUUGAUAUGCUGGCACCGCCAAUCCCUACCAUCAUGCCGGCUCUUCUGGAGAGGCCCAAACUGUCUAAUGCCAUGGCACGUGCCUUGCACAAGCACAUUAUGAGAGAGAGGGAGCGGAAGAGGCAAGAGGAAGAAGAGGUUGAUAAAAUGAUGGAGCAGAAACUAAAAGAAGAGGAAGAGAGGAAGAGGAAGAAAGAGAUGGAGGAGAGAAUGUCUUUAGAGGAAACAAAAGAGCAGAUAAUGAAGAUGGGAGUGAAGCUGCAGGGUCUUCAAGAGGAGAAGCAUCAGCUUUUUCUGCAGCUGAAGAAAGUCCUACAUGAGGAGGAGAAAAGACGACGGAAAGAACAGAGUGACAUGACAUCUCUGACUUCGGCAACAUACCAGUCUAACAUGGCCAUCCACUCUGGGCAGCACCUUCUCAGCAUGCAAGGUCAGGUUGGUCAUGGGCGUCCAGGUGCUCUUCUUGGGGAACGCAGCAAACAGCUCUUCCAGUCUCCAGUCAUUCCUACGCGUCAUUUCCAAUCUCAGCCGGGAUUCAGUGCAGGUGGAACAGAGCAUGGCCAGUAUUCUGGAGGCCAGCCGAGUCACAGCCCGUAUGGAGUCACUCAGCCGCAGCAUGCAUCACCUUUUGCCUCCAGUCAGCCGGUGCCAGCCAACUAUGCCAGUGGUUCACAACUUAGAGGUGCAUCAGCAUUCCAGGCCAUGCAGUACCUGCCCCAUCAGCAGCAGGGCUAUGCGGUCCACAGUCAUUUCACCUCUCAGCCUGGUUACAUCCCCAGUGCUGGGAUUCCCCUGCAGAAACAGUUGGAACAUGCUAACCAGCAGUCUGGCUUCACAGACUCGAGUCCAUUGAGGCCCAUGCAUCCGCAGGCUCUGCAUGUGAGCGCUGCAGGUUUGCUGCCUACUCCCUCUAUUGCUGUCCAGAUCCCUCCUGGCAAGUCUGGCUUAACAUACGCACAUCCACCAAGGCCAGCUUCCCCAGGCGCAUUCACGCAUGGAACGUCCUCACAACAAGCACAUGCAGUGAGUUCUGGCCAAACCAAAUAA